AUGGCAUCACAGACCUCUCCUGGGAAGGUCGAUCUUUCCAAGAAGCUUUCAGAGUUGCGGUCAAAUAACCGCCGGCCACAGACCAACGCCCGAGACCAAACCCCAACAACCCCUCCUCUCCCUUCUCCUCCAGACCUCUCCGCCCACCAGUAUCGCCAACCAACUCGUCGGAUCCUCUCCCACAAGGAUCAUGAACUCUUUCUCUCUUCACCAACCUACAAUCUAGUACUUGCGUUUGUCUUCGGACUAGCCGACUCCGUCCGCGGGCACUCUGUCACCGACCUUCAGAAAAAGCCCCAGUCCGAAUCCAUCUCCAAGAUCUUCUCGGUCGUAACUCAGAUCCGGGCCCUCCUGACCAGAAACCCUGCAAUCGACCAAGGUGGAUCGCGGUUCGGUAAUCCCGCUUUCCGUACCUUGUUCGACGAUGUUGCCUCUCAGAGCGCCUCAUGGCACACCAAUAUCUUGGGGCUGAAAGAUACCGCCGCAACCGAGGAGGCCUCCACAUACCUGAUUAACUCUCUGGGAUCAAAAGACCGCAUUGACUAUGGCUCAGGGCAUGAAUUGAACUUCAUGAUGUGGCUGCUAUGUCUGUACCAGCUCGGUCUCCUCCCGGCCUCGGACUUCCCUGCCGUGGUGGUCAAGGUCUAUAUCGAGUACAUGCAUCUCAUGCGCGAAAUACAGUCCACUUACUACCUCGAGCCUGCUGGUUCACACGGUGUGUGGGGCCUGGAUGAUUAUCAUUUCCUUCCGUUCUUAUUUGGCGCCAGUCAAUUAGUCGGCCAUGGGUAUAUCACUCCAUUGGGUAUCCACAAUACAGCUACAUUGGAUGAGGAGGGUGAUAAUUAUCUCUAUUUGGACCAAGUUCGGUGGGUCGAUAGUGUCAAGACCGUCAAGGGUCUACGCUGGCACAGUCCCAUGCUGGACGAUAUUUCCGGAGCCAAAAAUUGGUUCAAGGUCGAGAGCGGUAUGAAGAAAAUGUUCGUCAAGGAAGUGCUUGGAAAGCUUCCUAUCAUGCAACACUUCUUGUUUGGGAGCCUAUUGCCUGCCGCUGAAGGCAUGAGUGACCCCUCCGAAGGCGAUAUUGAGCAUGACGGCCACGACCAUGCCCACGGUCACGAUCAUGGACACGACAGCGCGGACUGGUUUGGCGACUGCUGUGGUAUCAAGGUACCCAGUACCGUGGCUGCGGGCGCAGAGAUGCGCAAGCGUAUGGGUGGAUCAAACCUGCGCCCAAUUCCUUUUGAUUAG